AUGCCAGUUAUCCUCGAAGAUGAUAUGCUCAUCCCGCCCUCAAUGAGGCGCAAGAGAUACUUCAACUCAAACACAGAAACAAUCAUCUCCGCCGCCUCCCCCAGCGGCUCAACAACAACUAUCGAGCUCCCCUCCCACCGGGCCAUGAGCCCGCCCCGAGACCCAGUAAUCAUCCACGAAGACCACUAUGUGCCCGUCUAUGAAGACUCUGUCCGCGAGUAUAUCUACACCACCUCAAGCGGCCCUGGCCGAUCAUCUCGCUACCGAAGAGGAGGAGGUGCAGAGCUAGAUGUUGGCCUAGCUGUUGGAGGCCUUAGAGGUGCACAUUAUAUCCGUGCCAGGAGCGUUGGUCCGCCAGCGUAUGAUACUUAUGAUUCAUACGACGAUGAAUACUAUCUCGAGGACGGAAUCCGACAUGGUGGUAGGAGACAGCGCCUUGUGUCUCCCGGAAGAUCGAGCAUUGGGUCACCGGGAAGACACAGCCACCACCGCCUCGUUGAUGCCAGUGCCGGAAUGGUGGGUGCGCACGAGGUGAUCAGGCACAGGAAGCAUAGAUCCCACUCCCAGUACCGCUCACCCUCGCACCACAGGUCGACCUCCCGUGGCACCGAGCACUCCCACCGCGCACGACACCUCGCCGAGUCCGGUUUGGCCGCCGCAGGAUUAAAACACGCCGUCAACCACCACCGCCAACGCUCCCACUCGCGUGGCCGCCGCGGCUCCGAGUCCGCCAUCUACUCCGACGAAGGGCGUCACCCCGGCUGGCACGACGACAACCAUCGCGACCACCGCCGCGCCCUGCACCUCGCCGAGGCCGGCCUCGGCGUCGCCGCCGCUGGCGCCGCAAAGGAGUUCUACGACCACCGCAAACGCACCCACCGUCGCUCUUCCUCCGCAUCCUCAAUCUCCUCAACCGACGCCAACACCGGCCACGAAAAUCACAACGGCCGCAAUGUCGCUGCCGCCGCCCUGGGCGCCACCGCUGCAGGCCUUGCACACCACAAGAUGCGCCACCACAAGGAGCACCGCUCAUCCUCCGUCUCGAGUUACUCUUCGGACGACGAGCGCCACUCGAAGCACCGCGGCCGAAAGGUCGCUGGCGCAGCGCUCGGUGCUGCGGCAGCUGGAAUGGCGGGUAAGGCACUCCACGACCAUUAUCGCCGCGGGUCCCGUUCUCGCUCAAGUUCCUCGUCCUCCUCUUCAUCCUCCAAUGAGGACCACCACCGCCGCCACAGACGCUCCAAGAAGAUCCCUGCUGCGGCACUGGGGACUGCAGCUGCGUUCGCAGCGAAGCGGCACCACGACCACAGGAAGGAGAGCCGCUCACGUUCGCGCUCAAGAUCGCGCUCACGCUCAAGGUCGAGUGAGCGCCGUCGACGCAUGUCGGGGCCGCAGAAGGCGGGGUACAUGAUGACGGGCGGGUUGAUGGAGAAGCACCACCGCAAGAAGGAGGAGGAGGAGGAGCGUCGGGCGUCGAGCGUUGAUGCGCAUCGCGAACACCGGCACCGCAGGGCUUCGGAGAGCAAUGGGACCAAUAGGCCGAGACGGGGGAGCAUGGCGGGGUUGGGGGGCAUUAUGAGUAAUGUGAUGGGCGGGGGGAGGGGGAAUGAGCAGCAGCAUGCGCCGCCGCCGCAUAGGGGCAUUGGCGAGAAGGUGGCGUAUAAGCUGGGAGAGGUUGUAGCAGAGGAGAUUGCGGGGAGGAGGGGCGCGAGGAGAUAA